UAAAACUUGAAGGUCUCAUCCACAAUUUCCACCUAUUAAAGGCAGACAAACACGUCUUCUCGUUCACCGCAAAAACACACCUACUGAUAUUUCUCAAUCGGAGCCCUAGAUUUUCUGGAUCGAUCUUCUCCGUCAAUCUCCACCGGAAAUCAUGGCCAACGCAGCAUCAGGGAUGGCUGUGCAUGAUGAGUGCAAGCUAAAGUUUAUGGACCUGAAGGCAAAAAGGACCCACCGCUUCAUCAUCUACAAGAUCGAAGAGAAGCAGAAGCAAGUGAUGGUUGAAAAGGUUGGAGAACCAGCACAGACUUAUGAUGAGUUUGCAGCAUGUCUACCCGAGAAUGAGUGCCGAUAUGCUGUCUUUGAUUAUGAUUUUUUGACCCCAGAAGGUGUCCAAAAGAGCAGGAUUUUCUUCAUUGCAUGGUCUCCUGAUACCGCAAGGGUGAGGAACAAGAUGAUUUACGCAAGCUCCAAGGACAGGUUCAAGAGAGAGCUUGAUGGUAUUCAGGUGGAGUUGCAGGCGACCGAUGCUAGUGAGAUGGGGCUUGAUGUUAUUCAAAGCCGAGCAAACUGAAGGUCUCUAGUGUUCUGGUAUGUAGAUUAAUGAGAGGCGUACCGGAGAUGUUACUGCUUUCACCAAAAACUAGUGUGGUUUAAGGUUUAAAAAAAGGAUUUGUGUGAUGUUUGUGUGAUCCAACAGAAGUUAUAUGAAUUUGUACUGUAUUUCCAUUUGAUUUCAUCUCUUUAAUGGAUGCUGCUAUGUUUUACCCAUAUAGGGAUGGCCUUGCAUUUACCUUA